AUGCUGGAGAGCCUCCAGGUACCACUGAAGGAGGACGAGAAAAUCUGGCAUAUAAUGUUGGGAUUGGCCAAAGCUGACCAAGCAGCGGCUGUGGUCACUGGGAACCCUUGCAAGUUCGCAUGCGUACUGCUUAUCCUGCAGGUGCUAGAGGACUGUGACGAUCAUUGGACUCCGGUUGCGAGAACAGAGCCCAUAAAGACAAAACCCGCAUGCGAGGUCAUCUUCCUGAGACGAGCUCAGAAUGUACCCGGAUGCCAUGACCGGCUGGACCGCAGGGAGUGGACUCAACCAGACGAACGGGAAAAUCAACGACAAGAUGUAAGAGAGAUGAUCCAACCGCGCAAAACGAAAAUAGAAGCCCGGAUGAUGACGUUUGUAGUUGGGCUGGGCCAGAUCAUUGCCAUUAUUGACUCUGAGUCUACCGUAAGUGCAAUUAGGCGGGGCUUCGUUGAAAAACGAUACAAAAAAUGGUGGCAUUGGGUGGACUACGAUGUGCAGAUAACAGAGUCGUUAUAUCCGCCUAUGGAGACGAGCUGA